AUGAUCCAAUCUACAGAUACGCCCAUCGAGAAGAUGACUUCUGAAAUAUAUUCUGAUUUCCCUCAAAGGUUUCACAACGCUUCAUAUUUGACUGAAAGAUCCAUCGUGACUCCGACAAACAGCAACGUCAUAGAGAUUAAUACUCAUAUGCUUUCUUUGGUACCAGGCCCCAUACAGACUUAUUUCAGCAGUGACACAUUGCAUACUGAUGCAACCGAUGCAGGACGAAUUGAAGCCGAAUAUCCUACAGAAUUCCUUAACACCCUGUCUUUCAACGGCUAUCCAGAGCAUCAGAUUGACCUCAAGGUCUUUACACCAAUCAUGUUGUUAAGGAAUCUGAACUCAGCUAUAGGUUUGUGCAAUGGUACACGCUUGAUGAUUGUCUACUUGGGUCACUAUGUUAUUAAAGGUCUCAUAAUGGGAGGUACAUUUAAUGGGAAGACUGUGGCUAUUCCCAGAGUUGUCCUUAACAUCAACGACAGUCGUUGGCCAUUUGUGCUUAAACGACGGCAAUUCCUGGUUCGCCUCUGCUACGGCAUGAUCAUCAAUAAAAGCCAAGGACAAACAUUACAGAGUGUUGGUGUUUACUUACCGAAACCUGUCUUUAGUCAUGGUCAACUUUAUGUUGUUGUAUCUCGAGUCCGGACAGCUGCAGGUCUGCGGUUCCUCAUUGUUAAUGAACCAAACAUCCCCUCAAACUACACUCGCAACAUAGUGUACCAUGAGGCAUUUAGUGGUCUUGGAAACACAACAGAGGUCACCACAUCGCCGCUGUAA